AUGAGCAAAGACUCCAACUUAACGUAUCUACAUAUGCACCAGCCUAGACUGGCAGACCUAUUCGAAGAAUUCAUACGUCCCCAUACCUCAACAUCAGCAACGGCAGCAACAGUCCCCCAACAAAUCACACCCACCAACCCUCAGAGCAGUGCAUACCCCCCAGCAGCCUACGGCCCCUCCACACCAGCCACAAUUCCCUCUUUCCUUCCCAUUGAAGACAUCUACGUCCAGCCACAAUACCAGCCACCUAAUCCGGAAGACGAGGAUGAUGUUGUUCCGGACCAACAUGCUGCUUAUGGAAUCACACGCGCUAUGGAGCGUCGUCGAGAACCAAUGUGGAGGGAUCUAGGCCUUGAGACCUUGGUCAAUGGGCAUGGGCUUACCGGGUCUGGGGGUGGAGGUGCUUCGGUGACGACUAGUGCAAUUCGGGUCAAAAGUUCUGGAAAGAAGAUGGGUGGGCGACGGACUAUUUGCUUGCGCUGA